UUCGUGGCAAUGCCCCAUCGAUACACAACUAGCCGGCAUAAAGGAAUCUGCGUCACCGGACAUCGAUUCAUGGUGCCGUUCUUGGCGCUGUGAAGGGAUGGACAAAAGCAGCGGAGAGUUCACCGGCGAGGAAUUCUGCACCGUCGCCUCUUUUGGUCGUUGCCCGCUGCCAGUUGGACAACCAUGGUCCAACAUCGAGGACGACUACUGCCUAUAUAAGCAGCUGAUCUUCAGUUCGCCUUCGAGGCGUGAAACCGGCACGGCCAUGACUGCGUCGCUCACGAACUUCUUGUUCUUCGUGCAGGUGCUAAUCGGACAAUUUUCGUGGCAAUGCCCCAUCGAUACACAACUAGCCGGCAUAAAGGAACCUGCGUCACCGGACAUCGAUUCAUGGUGCCGUUCUUGGUGCUGUGAAGGGAUCGACAAAAGCAGCGGAGAGCUCACCGGCGAGGAAUUCUGCACCGUCGCCUCUUUUGGUCGUUGCCCGCUGCCAGUUGGACAACCAUGGUCCAACAUAGAGGACGACUACUGCCUAUAUAAGCAGCUGAUCUUCAGUUCGCCUUCGAGGCGUGAAACCGGCGCGGUCAUGACUGCGUCGCUCACGAACUUCUUGUUCUUCGUGCAGGUGCUAAUCGGACAAUUUUCAUGGCAAUGCCCCAUCGAUACACAACUAGCCGGCAUAAAGGAAUCUGCGUCACCGGACAUCGAUUCAUUGUGCCGUUCUUGGCGCUGUGAAGGGAUCGACAAAAGCAGCGGAGAGUUCACCGGCGAGGAAUUCUGCACCGUCGCCUCUUUUGGUCGUUGCCCGCUGCCAGUUGGACAACCAUGGUCCAACAUCGAGGACGACUACUGCCUGUAUAAGCAGCUGAUCUUCAGUUCGCCUUCGAGGCGUGAAACCGGCGCGGCCAUGACUGCGUCGCUCACGAACUUCUUGUUCUUCGUGCAGGCCAAGCAGGACGCAGAUAGAAAGGCCUCGGCACCCCCCGUGGGGGAACCGGCGGAGAUGUCCAAGGAGUCGCUCAUUGCUCAGCUGGAGGCCAAUGUACUGUGGCAGAUGGAUGCCGACCGCAAGGCCGCACCCCUCAAGGCACUGCAGGGUCUUGUCUGGAAGGAAGGCUAUGCCACCGGUCAGCUGCGUGCACCGCUCUACCCGGAUGUGGUGCCCACAUUGAGUACAUGGAAGUGUAGGCAGGGUGUGACACUUGCCAUCUACUCAUCAGGCAGCGUGCAGGCUCAACGGCUGCUGUUCAGCCACACCACCGAGGGCGAUGUCACGACGCUACUGGACGGCUACUUUGACAUCAGCACAGCUGGGGUGAAGACUGAUGCAAAGAGCUAUGAGGUCAUCAGCCAGGCCAUCAGAGUGGAUCCCAGCAAGAUCCUCUUCCUUACUGACAUAUUCGCAGGUCGGUUCUCUCCCUCUCUCAAGACCUUCAAGAUAAAAAUGCCGACACAGCGAGGCCCAGGCUGCGUGCCGAGCUGGGUUUCAAGUGCGGCUUGUGGUGCGUCCAGGCAACAAGCCGCUGAGUGAAGAUGAAAAGGCGGCCUUUGGCCACAUCACCUCCCUGGAACAGAUUGAGCUGUGACACACCUGAUGAUAGCAUGAUGGUGACUGGCGAGCGUGACCAUCGCGACUGUGGCCAAAAAUGUUUUGCAUCUUUACACAGCUCAGCAGAUAGUCAGCUGAUAGCAUUUGUGCCUUAGGCCAGCACGCAUAACUUGAUUUUCUUAAAGGUACGUUGAAGAGGUACUGAUAUAUUUUCGACUAGCCUUUCUGUGUGUGGGUUAGGUAAGGUACUUGAAGCACCAGAAAAAGAUAGUCACUUGCCUCUGAGCACCACUAAUCAUUUAAUAUUUUCAACUUGUAUGUUGCUGCUCGUUACGAGAGUGAGUAUUAGCCCCGAGAGCAUUAAGGGCGCCCUCUCGCGUGUGACGUCAGUGGGGAGACUCCACUGCCCACUACCGUGCCGUGCACCCGCUACGUGAAGACAACGUGAAGCUGUCGGCUGACCUGCUCUGCUUGAGUUUUUGAAAUGCGAGUCUGCAGAUUCUUCUACCAGUAUGUACGGAAUGUUCUGGGACACUGUUCCCUGCGAAAUAGAUCGGAGUAGUCCAUCACCAUGCCCAGUGUAGAUUGCUCCUGGUGUCGUCUGCUAGUCAUCAGUGUGUAUACAUGUGUGUAUGGUGGUGCAGAACAGACUUUUCAUGACUGUUAAAAAAAGAACUUAUGGCCUCUAACGCCUGUUCUGCGGAAAGCAAAGUCUGUUCUGCGGAAAGCAAAGUCAGCUGCAAAGAAGCUAUGCGGAAAUCUCAAACUCGACCGCCUUGUGCGUAGCAUCGAAACUAGCAAAAAAUCAUCCCUUGACAUGUUUUUCACUGUAAAAACGCAUAAACCUGAGUGGCCCCUGCGGGUUAUAGUAUCUGAGAAGGGCACUUGGCAGAAAACGAUUGCCCUGUUUUUGCAAGAAAAACUAAAGCUACUAACUGUUGACGAUCCUUUCCAGGUGAAAUCCUCAGACGCUGUAAUAAGGUUUUUAAAAGACAAUUCUAGCACUGACUUUGCAGCAUACUCUGUAGAUGUUAAAGAUUUAUAUUAUUCGAUCCCCCAACAUGAAAUUUUGGAGUGCGUGGAAGAAUGUAUAGAUGCACACGGUGCUGUCGCUUUUCAGAACGCCUCCGGGGUUUCAACUGGUGGGUUCCUGGAACUCCUUUCUGUAUAUUUGAAAUCCACUUAUGUUACGUGGGAAGGGAAUGUGUACCUCCAGAAACGCGGCGUCUGUAUAGGGUCAUGUAUUGCGCCAGUACUUAGCGAUUUGUUUCUUGCCCAGAAAGAUAGAUUACUUCAGAACGCUCUAACCAGAACAAACGUCCGGGGAGUCUUUCGGUAUGUUGACGAUUACUUGGUUCUAUGUGAUGGCUCUGGCACGAAUUCAGAUGACGCAGUUUCGGAGGCACUAACAUGCUUUAGUCAUGCGCUUCAGCCGCUUGCUGUUACCCACGAGGUCCCCACGCAAGCGUCUUUGAGAUUCCUUGAUCUCCGACUCGAGCUCUCCAAAGGGAAGGUCUGCUGGGCCUAUGAACCCAGAGGCGACAAGGCGCCACUGUCAUUCGAAUCAGCGCAUUCAAAACUAGUGAAGAGAGCAAUUGCAAACCUUUGCCUAACAAAUGCGCUCAAAAAAUUGUGCAUCCACGCAAUGGAACAAAGUUUUCGUCGACAGGUUGACCGGCUUACUAGGGCUGGUUACCCGUCGCACCUUCUUGUGUCCGUUGCGGAAAAAAUGAGCAAGAACCUAAAACUCAAGCGUGCCCAUGGCGAGCCAGGUAGCGAGAAGCCAAAAGAAAAACGACGGACCGUGGCCCUGCCAUACGUGCACAACUUAUCUCACCGCCUGAAAAAGAUUGGGCGCAAAGCUGGUGUUAAUGUAGUGCUUACUGCCGCGAAAAAACUAAAAAUGCCUCUGCCGACGCGUCAAUGCUGAGGAGCCGACAAACCAGGAAGGGUGCACGACUAAUCACCAGAAUCGUUUUGUGGAGUGCACGGAAGCCGUUGUGUAUUCAAUACCUCUGAAAUGUGGAAAAAGGUAUGUAGGGCAAACUUCUAGAUGCACAAAUGAGAGACUGAAGGAACACAAACUUAGCGUCGAGCAGGCUAACAGGAAUCUAGGCAUACUUAUCAGGGAUUGCCCCUCAAAAGAUUGCGCCGCAGAAUUUAGACGCUGUAAAGUGCUGAAGAAACACAAUGACCAGCUGGUCAGGGAGAUAAUUGAGGCGGCCGAGAUUACCAGACUUCGUGACCAAUGCGUUAGCACGCCGUCCUUGUUACUGACAAAAAAAGAACUUGAGCUUUUGCACGUGCAACCGCUAUCUUGAGUGUAUAAAAGAAAAAAAAGUGCUUGUUUCACAUGAUGUGCGAUCACGUGACUGCGACACGUGAGGGCAAUGUUUAUAAGAAGCCGUGUUUCUUUCGGAAUAAACGUUGAAAGUCA